AUGUUGCGAAAUCUUGCCAAAUUUGCACGCUUAAGAAAGCAAUUUUCCUAUAACCAACUGUCAUCAAGUCAUAAAACUUUGCAUUUAAAGCACAGACUACUUUUCUUGGGUCAAACUCGACAGGCACACUUAUCUACUUUGGGUCGUGCUUCAAACGCGAUUUCAAAUUCUAUUCAUAAAUAUCCAACAAAUUUUCGUCAUAUUUCACGAAAAUUCGCGUCAACCGCUAAUACUGAGGAAACCACAACAAAAUCCAAAUUUAAAAAAAAAAUCCUUUUGACGGCUUUUCUUAUAGGAGCAACUUUUGUUGUCAUAUAUUUCGAUUAUAAAUUUGCACAGGUCGAAGCUAUAGAGAAUGAAAUCAAAGAAUUCCCUAGUAAUUUUGAAAGAGGCGGCCCGAAAAAUUUGUUAAUUGCUACUCAUUUGACAGAUGAAAAAGAUUCUGAAGCAAAUAAAAUGCGAUUAGUUAUUCUUGGUUCAGGGUGGGGGGCUGUAUCAGUCAUUAAUGAAUUGGAGAAAGACCAGUAUCAUGUUACGGUGAUAUCACCGCAGCCUCUUCUUCCCUCUGCAACUGUAGGAACACUUGAAACUAGAUCACUCUUGGAACCUAUCCGAUGUAUUGCUAGAGGCAUAUCGGCACAUUUUCUUGAGGCCAAAGCUUCUGAAAUUUGUUUUAACGAAAAAUUAAUCGAAGUUGUUCCAGCUGAUGAUUCGAGCGAGCCAUUUUACAUUCCGUAUGAUAAGCUCGUAAUUGCCGUAGGUUCUUUAUCGAGUACUUAUGGAAUUGAGGGUAUUAAAUAUUGUCAUUUUUUGAAAACCAUAAAUGAUGCCCGUAGGAUCAGGAAAACAAUUAUGGAUAAUUUCGAAAAAGCAGCUUUACCAAUAACCUCACCCGAAGAAAGGAGACGUCUUUUAAGUUUUGUUGUUUGCGGAGGCGGACCUACCGGUGUUGAAUUCGCAGCAGAAUUAUAUGAUUUUCUAACCGAAGAUAUGGUUAAAUACCAGUUUCCAUCAGUCCUUAGGAAUGAAGUGAAAGUUAGCAUUAUUCAAAGUUCAGACCAUAUUUUAAAUACGUAUGACGCGAAAAUUAGUGAAUUUGCUGAGAAAAAAUUUAGUCGUGAUAAUAUUAAUAUUAUAACGAAUGCAAGAGUUCAAAAAGUAGAACCCAACCGUAUUGUCUAUAAAUUGAAGAGUAACGGAGAAGUAAAAGAACUCGAUUAUGGAUUGGUAUUAUGGUCUACUGGAAUUGCCAUGAACCCAUUAACAAAGUCAAUAUCAGAAAAGUUAGAAGCUCAGAAAAAUAUACGUGCUCUUAUCACGGAUAAUAGACUUCGUCUUAAGGGAAUACCUGAUUCCUCAGUGUAUGCCAUAGGAGAUUGUUCUACUGUCGAAAAUCCAAAAUUGGUUCAACAGUUGAUGCAGUUUUUUGUUGAUGGGGAUGCGGAUAAAAAUGGAAAUUUGAGUUACAAAGAAUUUCAAACUUUAGCAAAAAAAAUCGGUAGACGAUAUCCUAUUACAAAAAGUUAUUUGAAAAAGGCCGACACGCUUUUUGCACGCUAUGAUCAAGAUAAGAGCGGCACACUUGAAUUGGAAGAAUUACGUGCCAUGUUUGAAGAUAUUGACAAAAAAAUGACAUCCUUACCAGCGACUGCGCAAGUAGCUCAUCAGCAAGGUAAAUAUUUAGGUAAAAAGCUAAAUCAAAUAGCUUUAGCACACAAAACAAACUUGUACCCAUCCCCAUCGGAUUAUUCAGUUGACAUUGAAAAUCCUGAUAUCGAUGAUCGAUUACCACCAUUUUCGUAUGCACAUCUGGGUUCACUUGCUUAUAUUGGUAAUGCUGCCGUAGCUGAUUUUGGUAUGGGAUGGACUUGGAUGGGAGGUUUAUCUGCUGUUUAUUUAUGGAGAAGUGUGUAUUUUAGUGAACAAGUUUCGCUUAGAACAAGAUCUUUACUGGCAUUAGAUUGGACAAAGAGAUAUUUCAAAGUUUUAAGAGAAUGA